ACUGGCACUACAUCAACCUUCAGCCUGAUUAGUGAACGAUUCCACGUUGAACAAUGUCAGCGAUGAUGCUGAGCUGCGUCUUCCCAAUACCGUCAGAGAUAACAGAACGCGCUCUUGCACUUUGCCACCCUCGCGACGUUGCGUCAUUCUCGCAGACCUGCCGGAAAGCACAUCGCCUGGUUUAUAGGAGCCCAGAUCCGUAUCUGUGGCGCCAACUAUUCCUUCUGUUUCCCUUCGAUGACCCUCGGCAGAUGGAGUCCGUAUUUUUGGGAGAUAGUCAUUUCAACUGGAGGAAGGAGCUACUCCGGCGAAUGGAAGCACAAUUAAUCGCCUGUCGCAAAAAUUCAAAACUUGAAGACCUCUUGAGGGCCAUCGAUACCUUUGUUUCUGUGGUACGCACUGCAGCUCCUGUCGCAAUGGGGCAUGAACGUGUCUCAUCCCCGAAUUUAUUGUGGGUCGUUGACGUGUUGCAAUCCACAAACAUGCUUCGCUCUCCAUUAAUUGCCUCAGAAGAGGGUAAUCAAUCGCUGGCUCGCUUGCGCUCAUACCUUGCGCUGACAUUGGAUGAGUACGACGAAGACGACGACGAAGGGAAGGAAAGGUUGAAAUUAAUAUGGAUGAGGAGUCGCUAUCAAGUUUAUGACCUACGGAAUUACCAUCAAGGAAAUGCAUGGGGCCCAUUCACCACAUCAGGAGAAGUGGAUUGGACUCACAUAGAGUCGAUUAUCAACGUUAUUUCAUUGAACCUUUAUGACCGUCCAUCUCUAUGGCCGGAUGCAAGACCGCGUUGUGGGCUCGAAGCUACUCGAGCAUAUUCGGCACCUGGCACCACAGCACGAGCAACAGGUGAUUGGGCUGGUGUUGAAGGUCACUGGAGGAGAUAUGUCUGCUUCAUGGAUAUUCGAGACCUGUUUGCACUCAAUUAUGACAACGGAGGACGCGGACUGCAGGAUAGCACCUACUUUGACAAUUUAAAUUUCCCAGAUGCGGCGCGCCUCAUUGAGCUCAAACUGACGCUCAUUGACGCUCAGGCAAUACCUGACAUCUACACACUCGACCGCUUCCCUAAUUCCCCGUACGAGCACUAUCCGACCUUGUACUUCACUGGAUCAUCUUGGGGUAUGCCAGGUAAUGAGGCGACUGUCAUAGGCUCUGUGACCAUGUCGGAAAGUGGUGUGGUACGAUGGCGAUUUGCAUCUGUAUCCGAUUCGUGCAUUAAGUGGAGUUCCGAAGGGAUACAAAUCGGCAGCAUCGCCAGUGCGUUUGGAGUAAUAGGAACGUGGACAGGGGUUCAUCAUGAUCGUGCUGAUCCUGUUGGUCCUUUUUGGCUUUACAAAGUAGAGGAUGAUCACCCUAGUUAUAUGCGAGUGCACACUUGAGUCAACGCUGGAACCAUUUCAUGAUCGUAACGUUGGCUGACAGACGCUGUUUUCUUGUGGACAACUUGUUUUGAAUAUUGCUCUCGUUACUUGUAUUUAUACCCUGUAGAACGUCGUUCCAUGCUGUGAAUUAGUUACUUCUAUCGCGUCACGUUGUCCAAUCACGUUUGCUUAUGUUAUCGGUUGACAGAAC